GAAUGCAAUGCCCAUUAUUAAGGAAUAAUCACGAUAAUUAAUUAAAAUACUUAUUAAAUCCUCCCCGCCGCGGGAUGUACGUUGGGACUGGGGUGGAGGAAGGGGGAGGAAACCCGGCUCGCUCCGGCCCGAGCGGGUCCGUGGGAUUCGUCAAGGUCGUUUUUAAUGAGCUCGAUCUCAGUCGGGCAGCGGAGCCCAGGCGGGAGCGCGGCUCGGGGGGUGCAGACCCCAAAAACACAAAAAACGAGCCUGGGAUGGAGCGCCCCGGCCCCGAGGGGCUGCGGGGGGAAAAGGGGGAGGAGGAGAGGGUGCUGGUGUCGGAGCACAGCUGGAGACCCUGCCCCACCGCCCGGAGGAGGGUCCGAGGGUGCUUGGAGUGGGUGAAGCGGCAGCUGUUCCGCGUGGGGGAGGAUUGGUACUUCCUCUUCAUUCUGGGGGUCCUCAUGGCCACCAUCAGCUUCACCACCGACAUCGUCGUCGCCAGGCUCCAAGCGGCCCACAUGUGGCUGUACCAAGAGAUCGGGGACAUCGCGGUGCUCAAGUACCUCUCGUGGACCCUGUACCCCACGGCCCUGGCCACCUUCUCCACCGGCUUCUCCCAGAGCAUCACCCCGCACUCCGGAGGCUCCGGCAUCCCGGAGCUGAAGACCAUCCUGAUGGGCGUGCUGCUGGAGGAUUACCUGGCCAUCCACAACUUCGGAGCCAAGGUGGUGGGGCUGACCUGCACCCUGUCGUGCGGCAGCACCGUGUUCCUUGGGAAAGUGGGUCCCUAUGUCCACCUCUCCGCCAUGGCCGCGGCGUAUCUGGGGAAGAUGAGGACCACGGUCACGAGGGAGUAUGAGAACAAAUUCAAGCAGCACGAGAUGCUGGUGGCAGCUCAAGCUGUAGGGGUGGCCUCAGUCUUCGGCGCACCCAUCAGCGGGGUGCUUUUCAGCAUCGAGGUGAUGUCCCCCCACUUUGCCGUGCGGGAUUACUGGCGCGGCUUUUUCGCCGCCACCUGCGGGGCCUUCAUGUUCAAACUCCUGGCCGUGUUCAACAGAGACCAAGGCAAGGCAGGGCAGGCAGAACGUGCCCCCUCCUCCCCUUUACCCUCCCCCCGUGGCAUUUUUGGGGUUCUCACCCCCAAACCCUCACCCUCAUUCCUGUCCCCGCUCCCAGAAACCAUCGCUGCUGUUUUCAAGAGCGACCUCAAGAUUGAUUUUCCCUUUGACCUCCUGGAGACCUUCUUUUUCCUGAUUUUGGGGACCAUCUGUGGGCUCGUGGCCUGUGCUUACCUCUUCUGCCAGCGCUGCUUGAUGGUGGCCGUGAGGAGGAACCGGCUGACAGCCAAGCUCUUGGCCACCGACAAACCCCUGUACACGGUGCUGGUGGUGCUGCUCCUCGCUUCCAUCACCUUCCCCCCCGGCCUGGGGCAGUUCAUGGCCUCCAGGCUCACCAUGAAGGAAUAUCUCACCUCCCUCUUCGACAACCGCACCUGGGGCUCGCUGGCCCCCAACGCCUCGGGGGUGGCCGAGCCCUGGGGGCUCUGGCAGGAGUGGGCCCAUCCCUCUGCCACCAUCUAUGGCACCUUGACCUUCUUCCUGCUCAUGAAGUUCUGGAUGCUGACCCUGGCCACCACCCUGCCCCUGCCAGCCGGGUACUUCAUGCCCAUCUUCAUCUACGGAGCAGCCAUUGGGCGCCUGAUGGGGGAGGUGGUGGCCCUGCUCUUCCCACGGGGGCUCCAUUCAGAGGGACCCCCACGGCCCAUUAUUCCUGCUGGCUACGCCCUGGCUGGCGCAGCCGCGUUCUCGGGCUCGGUGACGCACUCGGUGUCCACGGCCCUGCUGGUGUGUGAGGCCACCGGGCACCUGGGCCACGUCCUGCCCACCGUGCUGGCCGUGAUGGUGGCCAACGCCAUCACCCAGAAGAACCAACCGUCCUUCUACGACGCCACCAUCAUCGUCAAGAAGCUGCCCUACCUGCCCCCCAUCCGCAGCCGGCACAUCGCCUCCUACCAAGUGGCGGUGGAGGAGUUCAUGGAGCGCCGGGUGGUGGCCUUGGCCAAGGGGGACGGCUUCCAGGAGGUGCUGGUGGCCUUGGACGCCUCUGCCGAUGCAGAGUACCCCGUGGUGGAGAGCACAGGGUCCCCCACUCUGGUGGGCACCAUCAGCAGGUCCCAGCUGGUCACCUUCCUCCAGAGCCACAAGCACCCCCAGGCCCCCCAGGGGGAGAAGCUGGCCGCCGUGGGGACGCUCGGGGACGACUGCACCAUCGAGCCCAUCAUGCUCCAGCUCUCCCCGUGGACCUCCUUGCAUCAGGCCUAUCACCUCUUCCAGCUGCUGAAGCUGCAGAGAGUCUUUGUCACCCGCUCUGGGGAGCUGGUGGGGGCCGUGAGCAGGACAGAGCUGCGGAGAGCGAUCGAGGACCUCGCUGACCCCAAGUGAUGUUUUGGGACCCCGGGGGCACCCCCAUGGAAACGGGGGUGUCCUGACCCCCCCAGAUGGUGUGGGGGGUGUGGGCUGGGGGCUCUGCCAGCAGAGCCUGCUGUGCAUUAAAUGCCUGUUUGCAUUAAAUGCAUAAACGCUUCCUCCUCC